GGGCGGGGCGGCGACUCGGUUCUGAGGGGACUAGGGGUGUUCCGCCAUGUCUGGUUGCGAGAUGCAGAUGGAAGGUGGCAAGCAGCUGUUCGCUCAGGCCUCAGCCGUCUCCAUCCACACGGGCAACAUCGUUAACUGGAGCCGGCUAAAGAAGAAAUGCCCGACCUCGCCCAGCGAGGAGUUACAGGAUUGUAUUCGGGAGACUCUGGAGAAAUGGUGUUCUCAGGUCAGCCCUGAGUUGCUGAAGGAGCCACCUGCUACACUGGAAUGUACUAUAACUCAGGAUGUAGACUCAAUAAGCCCUGAGGAGAGAGAGGAAGUAAAAGUGUCAGCAAAGCUUUUUCUAAGUGACCCUGACUCCUCGGGCAUCAAGGAUGCUGUGGAAAAAGCUUGUUCCGCGCUUGCAGUAUCACAGCUGGACUCUGUGAUUAUUGCUCCUCCUCCACUUGAAGACGGAGCUAGUCUUUCUCUCUCGCACCUGCAACCAUAUUGGGAAGAACUGGAAACUCUUGUUCAAAGUCAAAGCAUUGUAGCAAUUGGUACAUCUGAUUUGGACAAAGUACUUUUAGAGCAACUCUAUCAGUGGGCUCAGGUGAAACCUAGCAGCAACCAGGUAAAUUUAGCUUCCUGUUGUGUGAUGCCACCAGAGCUUACUGCCUUUGCUAAGGAGUAUGACAUACAGUUACUGACUCACAGUGACCCUAAAGAACUGAUACCCAUGUUAAGUUUUCAAGAGGCUGUGAUUGCCAGCAUUCAAGACAAUCUGGCAUAUGAAUGGAUAACGAAGUGGGUGCUGCGCUAUUCAGUAAUUGUUAAAAGCAGAGGAAUUAUUAAAUCCAAGGGCUACCUCGUAUAUGCUAAAAGAAUUAAUUACUAGGAUCAUCUUUGACGAGAAGCCAGCUGAUUUGAAUAGCACUUUUAUAAGCCCAAUUUAUGCAUGAUACGCAAAGGAAGAAAUCUUAGAAGCUGCACUGUUGACCAAAUGCCUUUUGAUCCUUUUUGAUGAUUUAUUACUGGGUCCAAGAUAAAUUGCAAAAGGAAAAAAAUUCAGAGUUGAAAAGAAUGCAUUGUAAAAGCAGAUUGUGUUUUUCAUACUCUAUGCUGUUUCUACCUGUUGAUUUAACUGGCUGUUCUGUUAAUUUUUUCUUUUCUUUUAAGUACUUUUGGUUUAAAAAUAUGUGAAGAGUGCAUUUACUUUUUGUAGUUCAUAUAUUUUUUGGGGAACAAGACAUGGGUACUUGUUCAAAAGACACUAACAAAUAAUAACAACAAAAACUUCAGACAGGUGCAGAUCACAAUUUACCCAAACAAGCAUCAGGCUGAAUCCUUGAUGAGUUAGAUGUGCUGUUGGCAAAUGCCUAAGUCAUUGCUAGUUAUGCAGCUAAACUUUUUCUAUUUAAGUAGUUACUGUAAGUAGCUACUGCUUCUAACAUUACACAGUUUUGGUUAUGGUAAUGUUUUUAAAAAAUAACAUUUUAUCUUUUUUGAAGAAUUGCUGCUGUGUAUCAAAAAAACCUUGAUGUACAGUUACAUUUCCAACUCCCACCUGCUUCUAUCAUUCUCUACUGUCUUCAGAUCAGCUAAGAGAAGGAUGUGUUUGAAUAUGUGGAUUCCAAUGGUAUGUAAAGGAUAGACAAGUGGACUGUGCUGCUUACUGAAGCAAGCCCACAGAAUAACAUCAGCCCGGUCUGGUUGGUUUUAAGCAAAUCACUGACGACUCUUGUAUAUUUUAUUCAUGCCAAAAGGAUUACUAAUUUUUGUUGUUUAACUUAAAUAAAAGCUAAGACAGCAUAUUGCUUUAUUAUGUUAGAACAUACCAUCACAAAAGGUUGUUGCAUUCCCUGCCACAGCAUUAUUGUACUGUGAUGCAGUCAUUUGAUAAUUGGUGAGUUUGAUGUUUAGGUUGGCUGAUGUGGAUGUUAUGAAACAGCGGAGUACAGAGCAAAGUUAGUUGUCAAGCAGUACAUCACAGUGGGGCUGAACAGUAGUGGUGGAGAUUCCUUCAAGGCUCCUUUUUGUUGGCAGAAGUACAGUGCUGCUGUCCACUUGUAAUUGGUGGGAUGGAUGACACUAUAACGUUCCGUCAUCUUUCUGUACACAUGAGUGCAUCACAUGAGCCACUGUGAUUUACGGAUCUGGGGCUUCUGAAGAAAAAGCCACUUUCAAAAAUAAUUAAACCACAAAUAAAGUGAUAUCAACCUACAUGUUCAUCUUCUGGCUGUUCUUGAAGAAAGUCUUGACCAUAAAUCAUGGGUAUGCCACUCUGGAGCAUUAUCCUUAGCAAAAGUUGACAAAUUGUAACUUGGGGCCACUUUUGGCCAUAACUUAUUGCUUUUUUUUUAAAACUAUCAACUUUGUGCUUAACAUGUUUAGGCUGAAGUACUGUAUAAGCUUGAAUGUAUAGUAGUUCUAAUGAAAUGGUACAUAUCUGGAAAUAGUGAAUCUAUGAUAAAAUGUUAUAUUUUGUUUACUUGGCUAUGUAAUGGAUUUGAGGUGAUUUGCACAUUAAAAGUGUUGAUCUAAA